GCCGCGCGGCGAGGAACCUCCCGCCGUCGUCGUCGAGCCACCAUGGAGUCCGGUCCAUCCCAAGGCACAAUCGCUCUCGAGGUCGCGGGCUGUCCCUGACGUCCGAGGCGUCGGCUUGGCCCUCCUGCUGUUCCCUCGCAAUCCUGGUCGUGCAUUGUCAUCAUCGUCGCCAAUCUUGCCAGCUUUGAUACUGCCCGGCUCUUCCCCGUCACCGUACCGGCGCACACGCCGCUUCUCCAAGGCUAAUUCAGCUAAGGGGGACAGGGGGGUACGAGUCGGCACGUUGGCCGCCACUAGACAGGACCCCGGCCUCACGAUUGCCUUUUGUCUGAUACUUUUCUCCGGAAUCUACUAUAACCAGCCCGGCUUGCCCCCUCCUGCCAUGAGCUAGGAUCCCCUCUUGCUUUUUCACCCUGCUUGCCUGCUCCGUCCUCUGCUUCAUCCAACGUCGACGGCAUCGCAAAAUCGACUUGUCGACUGUUCACUCGCUUGAACAAGAUGGACAGCUGCCUCGCACCCGUCACCGGCUUCUGGCGCCGCUGGUGGACGAAACCAGGCCGCCUAUUUCGCCGCACCACCACCACCCGCUCAGUUUUUGACCAGCUACGCGGCAAGACGCUCCUGAUCCCUGAUCUCAAGCCAAUCUACUCGCGCUGGGAGAGCGGCCUCAACCCUGGCUAUGAGCGGCUCUCGAAUUUGAUCGACGAAGCAAUCGAUGAUUAUGUGGUGGACGAGAAGCAGCGCCUCAAGACCCGGGCCAUCAACCUUGCUUGGUUCGUUUCUGCGACAUAUCCGAACGCCGGUUGGGAGCAGCUCAAGACUAUGGGUCUGCUAGCUCUCAUGCUUUUCGUGUUUGACGACGCCAUAGAUAAGGAGAUCGAACCCGGAAAAGUCGACUUUGCCUCCGACUUUGAGGCUGCCUCCGUAUUCCGCGAGGAGUGCAUCAGCUACGCACGAGCACAGCUUGGGGUUAGCCCAGAUACGAAAUCCGUCCCGCCGCCCCCCGAGUUCGCUGGAUUUGGAGCUUUCACCGAACUGUUGCUAGCCACGUGCCCGCCCGGCCAAAUUGAUAUGACGAAACUUGCCGAUCGAGUACAGCAUUUCAUCGAAGCCCACGCGACCGAACAAAAGCAUCGUCUUUCCGGUAGACUUGCAAGUGUACAGGAGUACUGGAAAUUUCGUCAUGGAGUGGGCGCCGUCUACGUCUUCUGCGCUGUACACCCAUACAUGGCCAAUGUCAGCUUGCCGGAUGAGUUGGUGUGGUCACCAGAGGUUGAGAUCAUGUCCUUGGAGACCAGCACGCAGCCUAUCAUCUGUAAUGAUCUCUACUCGUUGAAGAAAGAAAUUGACGAGGAGACACCUGCAAAUCUCAUUCCCAUCAUGCUCGCCAGUACCGAUAUGAGCCUCGAGGAAAUCAUUGCCGAUCUGGUGGGACAAAUGGACGCCUCAGCGAAACGCUUCGACGAUGCAGUGAACGCGCUUCGGGUGAAGGCGCAAAAGUACGACCAGGCGACACAAGAAAACCUUGAGCACUUCAUAAAGACGUUUGAAAGCUUCCAGACUGGAUGCUUCCGCUUCUAUAUGAAGUCGCGGCGAUUCGGCAUCAAGCAAUACGAGCAGGCCGAUGGUAGCUUCCUGAUCCCUCUCUGACGACGACUCUCGACGAAGAUCUGAUUACGAUUAUGACGCUGCACCACUCCUUUAUUCGCUACUGGUCUUCCUCGCUGCACUUUUCGACCGCGUGUAACACGGCGCUGUUUCUCUCCCUUGAUAGAUGGGGUCUCUUGUGGUCCUGCCGAAAAGCAUAACCAUACUGGCACCCUCUGCCCUUCUCUUCCAGUCAUUCCCUAUCUGUUUUGAGCACAACAUAAAAUACCCCCUUCUCCUUUCUCAACACAUAGUUGGCAUUUUCCUCUGCGGCAUUGUACAUAUAUAUCCUUGGGACACACGGGGGUGGAGAAUCUUGCUUUAGCAUGCACUUUGUCAUAGCGACUCAUUCUCGCAAUCACUUGUUUCGGUUGGUUGGCGACAACCAGACCCAGCGCGCACCGUGUUUACGUUGGCGUGAGCGUCACCUUGCUCAAACCAGAAUAUAAGUUCUUGCCCUGCCGCUGACUGGCAAUACCCAACGG